AUGAGUAUAAGUUAGGCUAGGUAUGUAUAUACAGUCCUUUCUAAAAGCUUAAUUUAUAUAAAAAAAAAACAAUCUAUACAUAGUUUGGGAGGGGACUAUACUGGAAAUGUCAUAAAUGUAACCCGCAUCGUUUAUUCAAUGCAGCACAAUGAAUACAAGUGUGGAAUCCAUAGAUUGUUUUGAGACGCAAAGUCGUAAUAAUAAUGCUGACACAGCUCCAUCAACACCUUCCUCCUCCUCUGAUUACAUCACUGGAGAAGCAGAUGAUAGUUCAGACAGUAGAGGACCAAUACCCUGUACGCUCAAAUCUGUUGAAAAUCUAUUGUCUGUUACCAAGGCAAUGGGUGAAGAUGAUCUUCAAGAACUGAUAAACAAAUGCAAACAGAUGGUGUUGGAAAGUGCAGAAUGUUCUGAAGAACGCAAAUGGCUUGUCAGACGUUUGAUAGAGUUGCGAUUGAGAGCUCAAGAAAUUCGGGAAACCUCUAAUGCAAAUGUCUUAGAAACUUGUGUAAUUUUGGGUCAUCAUUUUUCACCACAAAAGUAUUAUAUAUCGACAUCUGGCUCAGUUUACUGUGAUCAUUGCAGUGGUGGAAUAUGGACUAUGCUACAAUCUUGGUACAUGUGCAAUGAUUGUGGAUUUUGCUGUCAUUUAAAGUGCAUGACAAGUAUUUGCAGAGUUUGCGUUCAUGUUGUUGCCAGUGAAGCUGGAGGUUAUACUUAUACAAAAGAUAUAUGUCCUGAGCGAGGUUUAUCUGCACAGGCUUAUAGGUGUGCAGAGUGCAAUACAAGAAUAACCUUUACUGCCUCUAAAGGAUUAUCCUUAUCAUGUUUUGGCAGUCCUUUUAAGUAUACAGAAUCAGGAUGGAUAGAACCUCGACUAUGUGACUACACUGGCUUGUAUUACUGUCAAAGAUGCCAUUGGAAUUCGGUUGCUGUUAUCCCAGCAAGAAUAAUUCGCAACUGGGACAUGGAACCAAGAAAGGUUUCUCGCGCUGCCUAUCAACUCCUGACACUAUUGCAAAAUAAACCAGUAUUAAUGUUGGACAAGUUGAAUCAAAAACUUUUUUCCUUCAUUCCUGACUUAUCUUUAAUCAAGAGACUUAGAGAAGAAUUACAAAUGAUGAAGCAAUACCUUGUAAUCUGUCCAGAAGCAAGCACACAAGGAUUACCAUGGAAGUCUGGAUUAAGGACUCAUAUGCUCGAAAGUUCAGGAAAUUAUUCAGUCAAAGAUCUUGUUGAUCUAGAGAAUGGAAUUUUAGUUGAUGAAAUUCAAAUAGCAUACAAUGCAAUGAAAACUCAUAUAACAGAAACCUGUAGACUUUGCAAAGCAAGGGGUCAUCAUUGUGAAAUAUGUGGGAACGACGAAAUUAUUUAUCCAUGGGAUACAACUGCAACAAUGUGCCAACUGUGCUCUACAGUCUAUCAUCGGUUAUGUCGUUCGAAACGAAAUCAUUGUUGUCCUAAGUGCUUAAGAAUACAACAAAGACAGUCUACAGAUAUAGGAGCUGCAAUAACUAAGAACGACAAUACCGACAAUUGUGAUUCGACCGCUUGAGGUUUAAUUUUCUACUGUGCAAUAAGCGCAUAGCGCAUGUAUAUUUUGUAAAAAUGCUAUUAUAUUUAUACACUUCUUACUGACACACGUGCGUAUUUGGAGGCAUAAAUUAUUUUAAUAUUCGACCUUUCUGUAAUGUUCUAAGACAAUUUUUCUAAGGUGAUAUUAAAGGCGCUCUAUGUCAUUGUCAUUUUUAUCACAGCUGUGUUUGCAUCACUAUCUUGUGGUAUAUAUUAUGCUUAAUACACGAAAACUUGUUAACGAAUUAACAAAGCGUUGAAUUCUAAAUUAGCUGCAAUUGUCGUGUUUCUUUAUCUGCAGACGAGACAGAAAAUAAACAUUUUUCUAAUGA